AUGAGCACGGAAAAGGCGGGAGCAUUCAGCAUUACGGCGCGUAGCGCAUGUGGUGCACGGUGUGGUAUUGUUGCGGUGUGCGGCGGAAGCGGGGCGCUGGCGACGCCGUCGUGCGUGGUUCCGACCUUCCGCGGGGUCGUCCCCUUUCUGCCGCCGGAUGUGGUGGGCCAGGUGGUGGCGCCGCUGGCGGGACGGGCGGGCACGGGGCCACCUGCAGCACUGCUUGUCCAGGGAGAUGCCAUCAAGGUGGUUCCGGCCGGCUUUGACCAGGGCUUUGCAGCCUUUGCAGCCCUCGAUGGUCCGGUCAUGGCGGUGGUGGCAGAUCCGGCCCGCUACAACAUGUCCGGCUCGCGGUCCAAGUCGUCAGUGACGGUAGAGACGCCCGCGGGGCGGACGAGUCUGGACAUCGCCGGCUACAAGGCGCUGCUGGCUGGGCUAAAGGCGGACAUUGUUGAGCUGCUGGUUGACGUCCCGCAGCCUGGCGCCGGCACUCGCCGAUGCGCCAAAGCGCUUGACAACACGACGGCCAUGUGGGAGGCGCUGGCGGCGGCGGACGACCGAUCAGCCCAGGGUGCCCUGGUUCUGGCGCGGGUGACUGGCGGCGACGCCGGCUCGGUUGUCCAGCAGUCUGUGGCACUGGUACGCAAAAUGGCCGGCGCCGAGGUCCUCGGUGGCGUGGUCGGCGGUGUGGUCGUCCCUGACCUGCGCUCGGUCGCUGCCGACUCGGUGACGGCAGAGGGCGGGUACGCAUCGGGCGAGGCUGCGCUGGCGGCGGUCGCUGCUGAGCUGCCUGACUCGCUCCUUCGUGUGUAUGAGGGUGUGGAGCAGCCGCACGAGAUUGUGGCGGCCGUCCGCGACGGCAAGGGCGAUGUCUUCUACGGCACUUACCCGACGGCGGCCGCCGAUCUUGGCUAUGCACUCGAGCUCUCGCUGGCGCACGGGCAGAAGCAGCAUGUCAAUCUACGCGACGUGAGCUUUGCCGAGUCGCAGGCACCGUUGGUCGCAGGCUGCCCGUGCUACGCGUGCGAGAAGCACACCCGUGGCUAUAUUCACCACCUGCUUGUUGUCCACGAGAUGGUCGGCACCGAGCUGCUCAUGAUCCACAACCACUACGUCUUCCAGGCUUUCUUUGCUGACAUCCGCGAGGCCAUUGCGGCCGAGGCGGCCGGCGGAGCGCCGUUUGCCGACAUCGCUGCGGCGUUUAUGGCGGCGUCGUAGUGUAAGAGCUAUCGCGCGACUACUCGGGCGCGAGAUGCAGGAGAAGGCCUGGCCGCGGCCCGCCGCCGACGCCGCGUGUGUCCAGCAGAACAUUGGCCCAGAGCCACAGCGCCCAGGCAAGGACGUAGUGGAAGAUGUUGACGCGGUAGAUGCCGCGGAGCUCGCCGCUGACGCCCACAGCGGCCGCCACCACGAUGCACGCCGCACCGGCGACCGCCGUGUAGCCGAGCAGCGGAUCGACA